GAAUCACACAACGGCUGCACUGCCGUUCGUGAGCCUGCGAGCAUUCGCAAGGCUAUUCGCAAGGGAACCAUCCCUCUUUUCCUUGUCCCAUAGACACAAUGGCAUUAUCACUCUUCACCACGCUCUUAUCCAUCAGCUCUGCCCUCGCCGUUCCCACCAUCACCGUGACCGACCAGGUCGUGCUCGGUGGCUCAGUUCUCGACGUACCCAAGCCAGAAAUAGGAUGGGCCGACCCAAGACUCAAUGGCGGGCAGUUUCUUGACUUUACGACUCCAAGAUUCGGAGAACCAUUAAACGUUAUCAUUUCCAACUUGUCCGACCCUUACAUCCUCACUGAUAGCGGCUUCCGCGCUUACUACAAAUCCAUUGGGUUCUCUGAGGAAUGUCUAGGUCUCCACUACGGUCAUGUCCACAAAGCAGACCUCGGAGAUGGAGAUGGUCGCAAAUCUGAGCACAUACUUGCACGCCAGUAUUACUUUCCUAUCUGGGGCACAUGUUGGGAAAGCUUUGCAGGAGGUAAUCACUUUCGAGCGUGGAAGCAGAAUGGCACGGAUGCUGAUACAGGAGCCUGGUUCUUAGCAGUAUCCAAAGAAGAACAUUCAGCGAAGAAUCAUAUGAUAAUACCAGAUGGCUACAAUAUUGGGCGCGACUUGCUCGUUGACAAUGCUGUUUCUGGAGGUUUUUGGAAUAGCAUGUGGUGGAAGGCAGAGGUGGAGUGGAGGGAAGGCCUCCUUGAGCCCGGAUGGAAAGGUGUUAACCAUGCUAUCGCCCAAGACGGUCGCAUCGCGAUUUUGACAGUCAAACGACUAUAAUUUGUUCACUAGAAAGGACUUCUUUGUUGUGCAUUAGACUAAUGAAAUCUGUAGAGCAGUCAUUACUUUUGUGACGACUAUACCACACGCCAAUCUUGGACAUCGGACAUGUUGAUAUUCUAUGCUGUGCUUCUUACUUCACUUGUAUUCGAUCCAGACGGACCUGUAGUAUUGACAUAUAUAUUGUUUUAUCUAUGCGGAAAAUUCUGAUUAUUCGUCACAACAAUGGUUAUACAUUCAGAUGA